AUGUCCUGGGUGGUGGGUAACAGUAACAUCAAACUUGGCAUGUGUGCGGGAGAGUUUGAUCAAAGUCAGGAAGCAGUCGCCAUCGGGUACCACGCCGGACAGCACAAUCAGGGUAUUGAUAGCAUAGCUAUUGGAUGUGGCACCGGCAACACAUCGCAAGGUGACCACUGUAUUGCAAUCGGGACGUCUGCAGGGGAGGCUAAUCAACACGAUCGCACUAUUGUCAUGGCGGCCACAAACGAGCCACUCACCAGCACACACAGCCCGGGGAUGUAUAUAAAACCAAUUCGUAAUGUGACCGAUCUGAAUCCAACAGACCAUGCGAUGCGGUACAAUCCUUCAACUGGUGAAGUAACACAUUCUGAAUACAACGGUGCAGCGUCGGGGCGCGGUGACAGGGGCACUAUUCCGAGCUCAUCGUCAGUGACUGACGAUGGCCUAUUAUCAGUGGUUUUGAACGGCGAGUCGCACAUCCUAGGCAAUAUCCGCGGUCUCACAGACGACAGUAGUGGUAAGGGUUCAGACGGUGGUGUGGGGCGUCUAGUGUCAUCUGCAUUAUUGACACCCGAGGAGGACUUGACAAUGAAGUUUACAACCGGUCCGGAUCAACCUCGUACAUAUGUUAAAAGUGUAGUUACAACUAGCACGGGGGAAAGUAAAAUCAUUCUCAGUGAUGGACGAGACAUCGUAAUCGAUGGAUAUGCGGAUGGAUCGCGCGGCUACGGUAUCGGCACCACAACACAUAUUGAUAGUAACGGCGAUUUGCAGAUCGUGCUUGGAAACGGCGUAUUGCACAACGCCGGUUCGGUACUCGGGGAGCCAGGGAAUACGGGGGUGACGGGUCCGACUGGACCACCGGGGGGCACAACGAAUACCGGCGCAUCGGGGGCCACGGGAGCAACUGGUCUUACGGGGCCCACUGGGCCAACGGGUGAUACUGGACCCACGGGUCCAAUAGGCGAUGCCGGUGGCGGCAGUGGUGGCAAUGGACCAACCGGCCCCACUGGACCGACUGCGUCGGAUGGUAGUGACGGUGUGAUACCGUCGGGGUCGUGUGUAUCAGAAUACUUAUACUACACGGGUGAUGAAUGGAAUGUGGGUAGUACGGAAGUCAGAAUAGGGUGCGAUGUUGCUAAGAAAACG